AUGUCUGACCUUGGACGUCAACGGGAUGAGCUAGAAUCCCUAAAAUCAAUCUACGGAGACAUCUUGACAGAUAAAACGUCUUCCAAUAAGGUGUGGAGCCAGAACGCCAGCCCGCAUUUCCAGAUCGCUCUUCUGUCUCAUGAAAAUCCCGAUCGACCUGUAGUCAGUCUAGUGCUAGAUAUUCAGUUUACGCCCACAUACCCAAGUCUGUCGCCAUUGGUCACUCUCGCUGAAACGAAGAAUUUGCUUCGUGCUAAUGUAGCUCGCGUCCAUGAGAAAAUAUCCUCGAUCCUCAAAGAAUACAAGGGAGAAGAGGUUUGCUUCACACUUAUCAUGGAUAUCAAGGAACUACUAGAUGACCUUCAACUGACAACCGAGCAAGUUCUUUCAUUGGAGGAAGAGAGACGAAAACGGCUUGAAGCUGAACGACUCAUGCUCGAACAGCGAGAAAAGGAAGCUCGCAGGAAAGAAAAGCUGCUUAAAAUGAAAAAGUCCAAGGAGGCAAACGAAGAAAUCCGCCAAAUCAAUCGCGACAAUGGCGAGGACAGUAGAGACAUGCAUGGAGAAAACCAAUUCAGCGGUGCGGGCGCCGCAGAGCUUCUUCUUCCGACUGGGGAUGCUAUUGCAGAGGAAUCUUUUGUAUUCGAUAAUACUCUAUUAGGAGAUGUCCCCAAAAGUAGUGCUCAAUUUCAGUUCCGUGCUGUGACUGGAUUCGUUAGGUCUCAUAGCAAGGAUUUGCUACUGGGCGUAGGUGCUCAGUACAUUGUUCGUCCAUACGUUGCGCCUUCUACUCCCAAACGCUUGGCAAGCCAAAUCAAAGACCUUGGAUACCUCUUGACUGUCAUUGAACUCAAUGAUGAGCUUUGGCCAACUCGGGAUGCUCGGGCUGAAAUAAGAAAAUUGGAGGCUCAGCUAGAGGCAGCCAUGUCUCUCCCGCGUUCAGCAUCCAUUUUGAAGGUGUAUGGAUUUCAAAUCGAUAAGAAAGCUGGCAAAAAGUCCAUUUGGGAGGCCAGAAUACUUACAGAAUUGCCUACCUCUCAGAACUUGGACUCUGUGCUCCAAACGGCUGGAUUUAUCAAUUGGACCAUCGCUCGCAAUUGGCUCAUUCAAAUACUACCUGCUCUAGAACUUCUCCAUAAUGCUGGCUUGGCACAUCGCCUUAUAUGCCCCCUCAGCGUUCUUUUGUGCGACGAGGAUGACGAAUUGAGCUCUAGAAUAUUGAAAUUGUGUCAUCCAACGUAUGGUCUCACAAUUUUAGACAUGGCCCAGGCCAAAAUCUCAACAGAACCAAACUUUCUUGAUGCAUUUAUUCCUCGCCGAUGGCACGAUCCUGAUGUCACUAGUGACGCUUUCAAAGGUGACAUAUGGCAGUUGGGUGUAUUAUUCAUGCGUGUGAUGUUAGGUUACAAAGUACAAGAAGAAGAAUUCUUGACUCCUCUGGAUUUCUUCAAUCAUUUCGAUCCGUAUAAUUAUCCCGGCGUGGAGGAAUAUGCCGAGAGAGUAUUUGAUCUCUUGAGUAAGAUGCUUCAACUGAAAGCUACUAAACGUUUGUCGAUCUUAGAGUUGAACACCGUCAAAUUUCUUCGUGCUGGUCUCGAUAUUGACCAGACUCGACAUAAUGCACUCAAUCUCUUGAAGUACGAACAUGAUCCUGAAGGUGUCAUUGAUUCUGAAGCAAACACAGAUGUUCAAAACUCGACUAUCACAGGUGCAGUGAAAUCGUCUCCUUCUGCGUUGGCAACUGCCAGACAGAGCGCUGCUCCCUCGAAUGCUGCAGCCAGGAGAAGAUAUUCAGAUAACCAGUCAUCGAUCCCACCUAUAACCAAUUCUUUCUUUCAGACUCCAGAUCAAAACCAGUCAAUUUUAACUGACUCGAGAUACAAAAGAGAAUUUGAAGAAGUUGGCAAACUAGGAAAAGGAGCGUUUGGGGAGGUUGUUAAGGCAAGGAACCGAAUGGAGGGCACCUAUUACGCUAUCAAGAAGAUUAAACAUAAACACAACAAGUUGGAAACAUUGCUCAGUGAAGUUCUAUCUUUGGCAAGAUUGAACCAUCAGUAUAUUGUGAGAUACUACGGAUGUUGGGUGGAAGAUGUUAUUGAUGCGGGUUCCCGAGGCGACAGCGCCCUUUCCUCUGAAACUGAGGAUGAAAGUGAGCUCUCUGAGGAGGAUGAAGAAUUUGAUAUACCUGUGAAUUUUCGGUCUUCGUCUUUUUUGAAGAGCCACGAUAACUCGUUUCAAGUCGACUACUUCAGCAAUUCAGUUGCACUGCUCAAUUAUGGAAGCAACUUCGACGAUAAUAUCAUUUUCGCAAACAGCGACCUGGAUGAGCCCUAUGCUGACUUUUCUACCACCGGGGAGUCUAAUGAUGCACAUUCUGAUGAGAGCGAUGGAGACAGCGACAGCCUAAGUAGUGAGUCUUCGACAGACAGCGAAUCAAAUGAUCAAAGAGAUAGAGCUCUUGACUCACAUUUUGCUCAAGGAUAUGAGCAACGGAAGUGUAUUCUCUACAUUCAGAUGGAGUUUUGUGAAAACAACACAUUGUAUGAUCUCAUUGAGAAAGGCCUUCCCGGAAAUCCUGAUGAGUAUUGGAGAUUAUUCCGAGAAAUUCUAGAAGCAGUAUCCUACAUUCACAGCAGUGGUUUCAUUCAUAGAGAUUUGAAACCCACAAAUAUUUUCAUCGACAAAUCUAACCACAUCAAGGUUGGUGAUUUUGGUCUCGCUAAGAACUCCCAGUUUUCUUCAGCGAUACAGAAAGAUAAUCAAGUUGCACCGAAAAAUAAAGAUCUUUCCACAGUAGUGGGAACUUUCUUUUAUACUGCAAAAGAGGUUGCAAGUGGAGACUACGACGAAAAAGUUGAUAUGUACUCUUUGGGUAUCAUAUUCUUUGAAAUGUGCUAUAAAUUAGGGACAGGUAUGGAAAGGGCUAUGAUUUUGAACAAGCUCCGUUUGGUUGAUGUUCAGUUUCCCAGUGAUUUUGCAUUCUCGAAGAAACCUACAGAGAAAAAGAUCAUCUCUAAUCUCUUGAGUCAUGACCCCAAAGUACGGUCUAGUGCUUCUGAGCUCUUACAGAGUGGACUUAUACCUGUAGAGCAUCAAGAUGUCAUUAUCAAGGAAGCUUUGAGAUCUCUAGCAGAUCCCGCUUCUCCUUGGCAACAACAAGUGAGAGAGACACUUUUCCAUCAACCAUAUCUGUUAGCAAGAGACAUCAUGUUUGAUAGAGUUGGAAAGGAAUCGCACUCCGACAUUCUUGAACACACUUCUAAUGACUACCUCAUUUUGAGCUAUCUUUUGGACACAAUCUCUGAAAUCUUCCGCUAUCACGGCGCAAUUCAGGAUUUUAGUGGUAGUUCGUUAAUUCCCAAAUCUCUGAUGCAAUCCAAAGAACAGGUCUACGAAUUGUUGGAUCGUAAUGGAACGGUUCUUACCUUGAAUUAUGAUUUGGUUCUUCCAUUGGCCAGAUUUUUGAGCAGAGAGAAACUUAAUGUGCAUAAAUUGUACACUCAUGAAUUUGUCUAUCGUCCAAACUUGCGCGGCACGGGAAAACCGGACAAGUACAGUGCUAUGAUUUUUGACAUAUUUUCACACAACGACAAGAGUCUUGUGACAGAUUCUGCGGAAUGUAUCAAAGCCAUCGACGAAAUCGUAUGCCAAUUUCCUUGUUUUAGGGUGAAAAACGCUCAGACAUUCAUCUUGAUUAAUCAUCUGGAUAUUCUCAACAGUAUUAUUGAUUUUGCCUUCGGAAGCUCGGUAAAGUUGUCUCGGAGCAGGCGUUUCGAGCUCAUGGGUGUGCUAUCGCAAGUGGUCGAGCGUAGCCCAGAUGAUGUUAAAAACUUCUUGAGAACUGACUUCAAAGUUCCGCAUACUGUUGUAAAGGAUUUGUUUGAUUUGUUCAAUUUCACGAUGGACCCUGUGAAAGGUAUCCAGAAACUUCGUAAGAUUAUGGUUGACUCACCACUUCUUUCUCGAAUUGAACGCUGUUCAAGUGAAUUACAGCAAAUCAUUCAAAUUGCAAAGAAGAUGGGCAUCAAGACUACUCUUACGUUUAAUCCUUUGAGCAACUACAAUGCUAAUUACUAUGAUAGUGGACUCAUGUUUCAGGUCAUACAUCGAAUGGACAAGAACAGAAAGUUCUGUCGUGUUGCUACAGGUGGGCGUUUUGACCGAUUAAUUGAGUACCUAUCAAAUGAAGGCCUGACUCUGGCUCGAACACCCCAUGGUGUUGGAUUUCAACUCAAUACCACUCUACUCUUCCUCUUGAUGAAAAAUUCCAAAUGGAAAAAUGGAAAAGAAGCGGAGAAUGUCCGACUGGUGCGCUGUGACGUUUUGGUAUACUCCUUGCAGGAGAAUAUAUUCAAAGACUGCGGCUACGAGCUAAUGGGUACGUUAUGGGCACAUCAAAUCUCAGCAGAUUGGUUCACAUUCACCUCCAAUGAAGAUUUGGUUCGAAAAGCCACCUCAGACGGCACUAAUUGGAUUGUUCAGUUGAGACAACCAGUUGCGCAAGGCAAAAAGGCAAACAAGAGCCUGUUCAAACCAAUUAGGGUCAAGGACAUCGCUGCUAAUAAGGACAUCGACUUGGAAUACAGCGAAUUGGUCGAUUUUUUGCUGAGUGAAAUAGAAUUCAGGAGAUCAGAGUUGACUUCGGUGAAUCCCGCAGCAAAUGUGAGCAUCAACGAUUCGGACCAAAUUAAUGAAAAGACGCAAGUGGGUGAAUUAAUUUUCAAUGUUGAAAUUGACCAGAAAGUCAUCGUUGUUCCCAACUCAGCACCUAGAGGUCGGAAGAAUAAUAAAAAAGAUAAAUGGGAACUUGAGAACGAUUCAAAGUUGGCUGCUGCUGACACCAUAAAGACUUUAGCCAAUGCAACAAUUGUGACAGUUGAUCUGACAGAUGCGGUUCUCGAUAUGAUUCUGUCGACCUCGUUACAGGUUCUGCAAGAGGAAUGGCUCAAGCGAGCUUUUUCCACUAACAAUAAACUUCCAAAAACAUUUGCCAUACUGAUUCAUGAUACAUUGAUGAAGGAAUACCUGCGCGGUGCGCGGUGGGCGAUUUUGCAUUCACCCCGAAGUGAUAAAACCAGCAUAAUUGACUUGCAACGAUAA